AUGUCGCCCAUGAAUAAACAGAGUAAUUACAGUAGUAGUAAUUGUGGCGAGGACGUUGCUCCCCAGGUCAACGUCCUUGCCUCAUGCUACAUUGUCGGUACCGCGGCCCAGCUCAAGGGCCUCCACUACUGCACUACCGGGGUCACAGGGGCGGAACAGUCUUCCGCGACGCCGCCGCCAGAGAACCAGCUGCGCGCCCGCGCCGACCGGCGCAGCGGUUCCUUUUCCCCGCACCAGCAGUCUGCCGACGACAGCAGUAACCAGUCCAACAACAACAAUGGCAAAGCCGGCUUCGAGGUCGACGCCUGGAUGGAGGUCUGGGACUAUGUCGGCGGCGCCAGCUUCCGUGCGUUCCUGGCCAGCAACGACGGCGAGGGCGAAAAGUCCCUGUUUGUCUUUUUCGACCUGGAGGGCGUCAUGGGCCGCGACCUGAAAAAGGCCCUGAUGGCGCUCAUCGAGCUGGCUGACGGGCCGCUCGGCUGCGGCAACAUUGUGACGUGCAUGGACCGCCGCAUGCCCGUCGACGAGGCCGUCGAGCUGACCAAGAGCCUACAAUGGGUCGGCUUCGAAAUGACGACCCUCGACCACUGGGCCAACGAUGUCGACGUGACGAGCGACCAGUGGCUGUUUAUGGGCAUGGAGCUCUAG